GUUUGAUUUCUUUGUCCACCACUACUUUUAACCACGUUUUCUCAACACCAUUUUCAGACAAGACAAAACUAUUACGUCUGUGGAUACUUUUUUGGUAGGGUCACUACAACACACUCGUCACCAACUCACCAUCUACAUCAGUCGUCCCUACCUUGUCAACACAUCACAUGGAAUAAUACACUAGUACACUAGACGGACUUAAACCAAGCAUUUCAAAUCAGUUUUCUUUUUUUAAUUCACAGAACAGAGAGCUCCACCCAAUUAUUCUUUCUUUCAACAGCAGCUGAGAGAGACUUUCAAUCAAGAUCAUCCUUCAACCUCUCUCAAGAUCAAAUCUGAGAUGGCUAAUUUCUAUGAGAAUUACCAAAUCCCCUACGACUUCGAUCAGGUUAAUAAUCUCUACGAUAACAAUUAUUAUCAUCAACCACAACAACAGUUUGGUUUCGAACCAAUGAGUUAUAAUAAUUAUAACUGGAAUGGAUCUGAGUCUGAACCAACCUCUGCAACUGUUGCUUACUCUGCUUAUGAUCCAAUGAGUUAUAAUAUUUAUAACUGGAAUGGAUCAGAGACUGAGACAACCUCUGCAUAUGUUGCAUACUCUGUUUCAACCAUGUCUGAGCCUAAACACUUGUUCUAUGAUCCGAAUCUCUAUACAACCUAUGAGUCCCCUCCUCAGUUUAUGAUCCAUCGAUCUGUAGCCUCUGCUCUGGACUUCAACGAGCCUGAAUUCGACGAGUACGAUUCUACGCCGUACGGUGGUGGCUACGACGUCGUUGCAACCUACGGAAAACCUCUUCCUCCAUCGGUGGAGACUUGUUACCCUUGUUCAACCGCUCCUCACGCGAAAGCUCCCUCUCCUCCUGAGAUUAUCGCUCCUGUGCCUCUUGGAAUUUAUGAUGGUGGUCAAAAGAAUGUUGUCAAGAAACGUGUAACUUUUGCUGAACCGGUAGAAGAAGCUAGACCAAUGGAAACCAUUAAAGAAGAAGAAAAAGAAGAAAGUGAGGAAGAAGGAGAUGAAAGCGAAGAUGAUGAUGAAGAAGAAGAAGAAGAAGAUCACAGUUCAAGCUAUGGAAAUGAGAAAGAAGAUCACAUUGCAAGCUAUGGAACUGAGAAACCUGAAACUGUAGAUAAAGCAGAUGUGAAAGCUCUUUAUAUUCCGUCUGGUUACGGUUUAGAAGCGACGGAUCUCUGCGAGGUUAUAUUCGGAGGUUACUUUCCUUGCGUGUUACGUAACAAAAGACGUCAGGAAGACGAACAAGAUCGUGCGGCUGCCGCUGUUUCUUGCUGGGAAAGCAAUUCUGAUCCGUGGAAGACGACUUCCGAUUACCUUUUCGGGGAUUCGUAUCCGUACGGCCACGAGAACCGAAUAGAAAGAAACCAGUUUGAGAUCUCCUCCUAUGGUUACCGGAGGUAUUAAUUAAACUCGGUAAGAACAACAUUCUUUGUUUGUUGAUGGAUGAUAUUAAUGUUGAAGCUGAUUUAUUUGUAUAUUAGUAUGUGCUAUUUUGUUUUUUGAUUUGUCCCAGACUUUAUUACCAAGACUUUCAAGUUGAUCAAUAAAUGUUCUAUAAU